CACACAUCUCCAGAUUCUUCAUCUCACUUCGUCAGAUCAAACUUUAAACUUAAAAAGUAAUUAUCUAAAGCUUUACUGUAAUAAAUAAAUAAACAUAAACUGAAUCCCAAUUUCCAUAACACCAUGCACACUCUAGUACACAGUCCCUCUGCCACCACCAAUAUGCUAGACCGAGUCCUCUCUUCGCGCCGUGUCACUUCCCACCUUGACGACGCUGAGACGGACGCCUCCGCCGACGACUCCAAGACCAAGAAACAGAACCUCUCUUUAUUGGCUUCUAAUUAUCUCUCUCGCUUGUCCCACUUUUGCAUCUGUCCCACCGCUUGUCUCCUUAUCUGUCUCUUAUUAGCUGUCAUUCUAAUCACUUCUCUCGCUUUUCAUUCCCGGAGUUUUGUCUGUGUCUCCGAUCCGGGAUCUCGCGCCGGGUUCUUCGGUCUCGAAGGGCUUGAGUCAGACUUUGGAUCACUUGGGGUUCCCUGGUGCAGAUCGAAACAUGGAAAAACAGUUCAGUGGACAUCCAAGGAUUUACUCAAAGGCUUGGAAGAGUUUGUAUCAAUUUAUGAAACUCGGCCAAUAAAAAACAACAUUUAUGGGAUGGGUUUUGACCACAGCUUUGGGCUUUGGUUCAUUGCAAAGUGGCUGAAGCCAGUUCUAAUGAUUGAGAGUGGUGUUUUUAAGGGGCAUUCCACUUGGGUUCUGCGACAAGCAAUGCCAGACACACCUAUCAUUUCGCUUUCGCCCAGGCAUCCUGAGAAGUACCUCAAGAAGGGACCUGCAUAUGUUGAUGGUAACUGCACAUACUUAGCUGGAAAAGAUUUUGUAGAUUUUGGAAGUGUUGAUUGGAAGAGCAUGAUGAAAAAACAUGGGAUUACUGAUCUCAGUCGAGUUCUUAUCUUUUUCGAUGACCAUCAGAAUGAAUUGAAGAGAGUAAAGCAGGCAUUGGAUGCUGGUUUUCGGCAUCUUGUGUUCGAGGAUAAUUAUGAUACUGGAACUGGAGAUCAUUAUUCCUUGAGGCAGAUAUGUGAUCAGUCCUAUAUAAGAGGAGGUGGCCAUAGUUGCUUUAGGGACAGUGAUGAAGCUAGGAUUAGAUUGAAAAGAAAGUUGUUCUGGGAGAAGGCAGUUGGUAUAGAUGAACUAUGUGGUCCGAAUGAAGCAUGGUGGGGUGUUGGGGGCUGGAUGCGGGAUGAUUUCAAUCACAGUAAUAAACCAAUUUCCUACGCUGAACAUUUUCAGAACAGCAGGUUCAUUGAAUCGAUUCUCGAUGUUUACUGGGAGCUCCCUCCUGUAGCCGGCCCUUCCCUCACUCAUCAAACACGAUAUGAUCCUGCUCGUGCUACCAGUCCUAUUGUUGAAGAUGGCCGUUAUGGCUUGUUCCAGCAGCUGGGAUUAAGUAGACUUGAUCGUUCUGUAUUUAAUGGUUAUACCCAGAUGGUUUAUCUUGAAAUCUCUGAACAAGAAUCUUAAAAGCUGUCUAGAAUAGGCAAGAGAUCUUAUUUAGUUUUUCCCUGGACUGAAACGCUAUUUGUUAAUAUUGAUAUCUUUUCUCCAUGGUUGAAAUUGAGCAUUUCUAGUUGUUUCUUUAUUUUACUAUUAUUAUUUUAUGCU